AACACAACAUCCACAUCCACAUCCAUAUCAACAUGGUCGUUCAGCGCGUCAAGCAGAAGCAGAUCUCUUUUGGCUGUAAGUUCAUAUUCUUGGCUAUGGACCAUCACCAUCACCCUCACUGCUCCACUCACUAAGCAGGAGCACUCACCCGCGGGCAACUGCAGACUGCGAUACGGUCAGUGGCGAACGCGUCUAUCCUCCCCCUCCUCCCUCCGACGCUGCAGCCAUGGCCGACGACGACCUGCUUCCUGAACAGCGGCCACCCGAGCAAGCGACCGUGUAUACACCAGACUCGGACGGCGACAUGGACGACUGCUACAUCAACACCACCGUCUGGCCACCGCUGGCUCAGGCCACCGCCGUCGCCAAGAACCAAGAUGGAGUCACCUUUACGGUACUCCUGGAGCAUACCUCAUCGACGACUUCCAUUGCGGAGACGCCAGAAAUCAGCGUCUGGCACAACCACGGCGGCGAGCAUGACUGGGCGGAACUCCCACUCACUCUGUCCCCGGCGUUCGAUCAUGCAUUCUUCGCCCGGGGCCCCACAGACGAGCAUCUGACCAAGAAGUGGUACACCGGACAUCUCUCGGGCAAUCCGAAGCACGGUCAAGCGGUGUCGUUUACUGUCAAGUACCGUUUGAAUGACAAUUUUGACUGGAAAUGGAUGAAAGACGUGGCCGGCGUGAGUGAUGGUCAACUCGUCUACCAGACCACAGACUUCGAAAAACACUCCGCCUAUGACCUCAGACACUGGUUCAAGGGCAUCAGCGACGAUAUCAAGGUCCAGAGUGAACGGCCAGAUACAGACAAUACUUUCCUCUACUCCCUCGCAGCACCAGUGGUGCCGGCGAACAAGCAAGACUCUGGAUAUCAGCAUCACCUGCUGGGUGUUCCCGACCGCAGCACCACAUGGUUUGGGCUGGUCCGCUUGUGGUCUCCCUGGCUGGCUCCUCGACAAGGCAGAGGCAAGUUUGAGGUAGACAAGGAUGCUGUGGAGUUGUCAUUCUUGCGAGAGGAUGGCUUGCAUGUGGUUGUGCUGGGCGUCAGUGGCGUCGAUGAUGUGGUCACCACCUUCAUCAAUGACCACGCUGGCAGCAUCAUCAUCAAAGCCCGCAACGACAGCACAGAAGCUCAAUCGAGCCGUGUGCUGGUUGCUGUAGCAGACAGUUUCGAAGUGGCCAAUGCAGCUGUGUGGUAUCAUGCGCGCAAGAUCGUUCAAUCGUAUGGUGUUGCUGGCGACGCAAAUGUUGAAAUCCAGAGACUAAUGGAGACUGUCCAACCGAGCGAUAAUGCCAAUCCGGAGUGGUUCGAGGAAUGGUACGAUGGCUUCACCUUCUGUACCUGGAAUGCACUCGGACAGAACCUCACGGCUCAGAAGAUUCAUGAUGCGCUCGACGAUCUUGCCAAAGAGAACAUCAAUAUCACCAACCUGAUCAUUGACGACAAUUGGCAAUCUCUUGGCAAGGGCGACUCACAAUUCACUCGCGGCUGGACGGCUUUCGAAGCCAACAAGGAAGGCUUCCCGGAUGGCAUGAAGUCCACUACCGCUGCGAUCCGCACACGCCAUCCCAAUAUCAAGCACAUCGCCGUAUGGCAUGCCAUCCUCGGCUAUUGGGGAGGCAUUGAUCCCGAAGGCGAGAUCGCCAAGAAUUACAAAACCAUCAAGGUAGAAAAGGAACCCGGCGUAGCAGGCGGUACUUUCACAGUCGUCGCCGCCGAAGACGCUAAACGGAUGUACGAAGACUUCUACAGCUUCCUCUCCUCUGCGGGCGUCGACAGCGUCAAGACCGACGCUCAAUUCUUCCUCGAUCUCCUCUUCCACGCUCCAGAUCGUCGUAAUUUGAUUCAGACAUAUCAAGACGCCUGGACAGUCGCCCAUCUCCGUCACCUGAGCAGUCGAGCUAUCUCUUGCAUGUCACAGAACCCCCAAAACCUCUUCCAUUCGCAGUUGCCUACGAACAAGCCUCGCCUGCUCGUUCGGAAUAGUGAUGACUUCUUCCCCGAAGUCGAAGCUUCUCAUCCUUGGCAUGUAUUUUGCAAUGCACACAAUGCUUUGUUGACUCAACAUCUCAACGUUUUACCUGAUUGGGAUAUGUUUCAAACGUCGCAUGAGUGGGCUGGGUUUCAUGCCGCCGCAAGGUGUGUUUCUGGAGGGCCAAUCUACUUUACGGACUAUCCUGGAAAGCACGAUAUUGAAUUGAUCAAGCAGAUGACAGCCCAGACUCCUAGGGACAAGACGAUCAUCCUGAGACCGCAGAAUAUCGGGAGAGCGCUGAAUCCUUACAAUUCAUAUAAAGACUUCGCGCUAUUAAAGAUUGGGACGUAUUACGGGUAUGCAAGGACAGGGAGCGGGAUCGUGGGAGUGUUCAAUGUGUCUGGCAAAGGCUUGAGCGAAUUUGUGAGGCUAAAAGAGUUCCCCGGGACUGAUUCUGCGGACGAGAACGAGGCGGAGUUCGUCAUUGGAGCUUUCACCAAUGCAAGGUUCAGCGAGCCGAUGAAGUUGAGCGAUGCUUCUGCGAUGGCUGGAGUGGAAUUGCAGGUGGGUGGAUGGGAGAUUCUCACAAGUUAUGCCUUGAGAAGUUUUGAUUUGGGAGGUGGGAAAGCAACCACCAAAGUCGCCAUGUUGGGUUUGAUUGAGAAGAUGACGGGUUGUGCUGCUAUUACAGGCUAUGAUGUGUACGUGGAAGACAACGGACGAUUGAGGUUUUGGAUCUCUUUGAAAGCGCUCGGUGUGCUAGGUAUAUGGAUCUCGGACCUGCAGGACAGAACUGUAGGAGAUGGGUUCAUGGUUCUGAUUUAUGGCAAACCGAUUCCGGCUGAAUGUGUUCAGAAGAAUGGCAACGUCCUGAAAAUUGACGUCGAGAAGGCAUGGAAGGAGAGUGGAGAGGAUGUCGGUUGGGGCAAUGAGAUCACCAUGGAGAUUUUCAUGCACUGAGCCCAGUAAUGUUGAUGAAAACACAAGGUUUGAGGGGAGACAGAAGAAAAGGGGAAGAAACGC